AUGUCCAGCUACGACAAGUACCAGACCCCCCUCGCCACGAGGUAUGCUUCCCAGGAGAUGAUGUCCAUCUUCUCGGCCCGCACCCGUGCCUCCACCUGGCGUCAACUCUGGGUCUGGCUGGCCGAGGCCGAGCAGGAGUUGGGUCUCAACAUCCCCGAGGAGGCCAUCCAGCAGAUGCGUGAGCACGUUACCGUUACCGACAAGGCCUUCGAUGUCGCCCGCGAGUACGAGAACAAGUUCCGUCACGAUGUCAUGGCUCACGUCCACGCCUAUGGCGAGGAUGCUCCCGCUGCUGCCGGCCACAUUCACUUGGGUGUAAUCACCGAUAACGCCGACUUGAUCUUUAUCCAGAAGGCUCUUGAUCUCAUCCUCCCCAAGCUGGCCAAGGUCAUCCAGAACCUCAAGGAGUUCGCCCUCAAGUACAAGGACACCCCCACCCUUGGCUUCACCCACUACCAGCCCGCUCAGCUCAUCACCAUCGGCAAGCGCGCCUGCCAAUGGAUCCAGGAGCUCGUCAUGGACCUCGAGGACAUCGAGACCGCCACCUUCCUCGAGCUGUUCGACGGUAACGCCGACAAGAUCGUCGAGCUCAACAAGGUCCUCUGCAAGAAGGCCGGCUUCCCCUCCGCCUACCCCAUCUCCACCCAGACCUACACCCGCAAGGUCGACCUCCGCGUCGCCAACGCCGUGUGCGCUCUCGGCGCCACCGCCGAGCGCAUCGCCGCCGACAUCCGCCACCUGGCCAACCUCAAGGAGAUGGAGGAGCCGUUCGAGAAGUCGCAGAUCGGCAGCUCGGCCAUGGCCUACAAGCGUAACCCCAUGCGCUCAGAGCGCAUCGCCGCCCUCUCCCGCAAGCUGGCCAACCUGCCUGUUAACUUCAGCAACACCUUCAAGGCGCAGUGGUUCGAGCGCACGCUCGACGACAGCGCCAUCCGCCGCAUGGACAUCCCCGAGAUGUUCCUGCUGGCCGACUCCAUCCUGCUCGCCCUCGAUAACGUCACUAACGGCCUCGUCGUCUACCCCCAGGUCGUCCGCGCCCGCAUCGACCAGGAGCUGCCCUUCAUGGCUACCGAGUCCAUCCUCAUGAAGCUCGCCCAGCACGGCGUCUCCCGCCAGGACGCCCACGAGGAGAUCCGCGUCCUGUCCCACCAGGCUAGCGCCGUCGUCAAGCAGGAGGGUGGCAAGAACGACCUGCUCGAGCGCAUCAAGAAGGCCGAGUUCUUCAAGCCUGUCUGGGGCGAGAUCGAUGGUCUUGUUGACCCUGCCCUGUUCAUUGGCAACUCGCCCAGGAUUGUGGAGGAUUACUGCAAUGGCGAGGUUGCUGAGAGGCUGAGCAAGUACCAGGAGACGCUUUCCAAGGCCGAGACUGCUCAGCUUUCUAUCUAA